ACUGAGAGCCUGUUCGGUUUGGUUGCUAACACUGCUUUUUUCUCGCAUGCGUGAAGAAGAAAACCAUGCAGCAGAAAGAUCCACAGCACUGCGCGAACUGUAAAGCACCUGAAAAGUUGGAUGCAGAGGAACACUCUGAUUCGGCCGUUUCUAACGAUGUAGCCUCGUCUCACGCUCGCUAGAGCCAAACUGCACCGCGCUGAUGCGAGGGAGAGAUGGCGGGAGCCCACACGCAUCAGGGAUAAUACGGUGGGAGAAAUUCAGUCACCUCCCUCCCCUACCCCCUCUAUUUACACCAUCCCAUCUCACUGCCCUAAGGCACGCCACCAUGUUCCCCCUUUCGAGCUCUGCGUCCAUAGCUGUUCUACGGCGACCAAGGUCUACAACCAUCCGAGGCUGGAGAGCAAGGUGGGUUCAUGUAUGCAUGCUGAAGAAGAUGGAGGGGCUGCGUCGGGUGGAGAAGACAUCAGCUAUGACGAUGGACGAUGAUGCAUACUAUGCCGGUACCAAGACUCGCCAUAGAGAGGCGGAGCUCCUCAACAAGCCCAUGGAGAAUUAUGCUCGGAUGAAGAGGAUCUACACCAACUGUGUUCUAGCUGCUCCGCUCACUCAUGCCAUGGUCCACCGUGCUCUGAGCCACCUCAUGGAUCACCAGGCACAUGCAACUAGGUAUCUUGCGAUGACCACUGAUGGCAAGAUGGCCUGGUUCAAUGCCUUCCUGACGAAGUAUUACCUGUGAGGAGCCACACCAUUGGAUGCUUGUUGUCUUGGUUGUUCGGAUGUUGAUGAUGAACACCGCAUCCAUGAUGUAUAUUUUGGGAGUAGUUAGGGUUGGUCUGCACUGAUGGCAAACAUGUAUAUUUUGUGAGGUGGUAUUUACGUAACCCCUCGGUUGAUGAACUUAUGUUGCAUCACGAGCUGCUGCUCCUGCCCUCGUGGUGCAACUCCACUGCUAAAACUAAUAUCUGUAUGCUAGCAUUUCUGAUUAUGUGAUC